GGUGGGGGCUCGAGGCGGAUCCGGCGGCGUCGACCGCGCCCCCUGCUGCCGGGGCGGCCUCUUUAACUCGCCGUAUGUGGCGCUGUUCCGGCUUUCCUCGUGGGCCCGCCCACCGCCCGCGUGAGGCUGUGCCGGGUGCGUCGGAAGACUUCCGGGGCGGGGCCUGUUGUUGCCCAGGUGAUGGGAGCCCCCUCCCUCCGGAGCUGUUCUUACGUUUUAACUUCAUGGUGUGAAAAAUGAGUACUGAGUUCAGAUUGCCAGUCCCCACCAGGCCGGGCAGGAUGCUGCGUGUAAGGGUACAAAGAACACUGAUUAUCAUACAGCUGGAAAGAAAAGCAAAGAAAAUGCUUUUUAUUAUAGAUUGGGCAAUUAAGCAGAAACUGCAGUUUUAGUAUGAAGAACAGAGGAGGAAGAACGAGCCGAAUCAGAAGACGAAAACUCUUCACAAGUUUUGAAUCGAGAGGAGUGAAUGAGAGCUACAAGCCUGAAUUUAUAGAGCUUAAGAAGUGGCUGAAAGAUAGGAAGUUUGAAGAUACAAACUUAAUACCCGUUCGUUUUCCAGGUACAGGAAGAGGGCUGGUGAGCAAAACAUCCCUACAGGAGGGACACAUGAUUAUCUCGUUGCCCGAGAGUUGCCUGCUCACCACGGACACAGUGAUUAGAAGCUACUUAGGGCCGUACAUUGCUAAGUGGCAGCCUCCUCCAUCUCCUCUGCUGGCUCUGUGCACCUUUUUAGUUUCAGAAAAGCACGCUGGGGAUCGGUCUCCCUGGAAGCCUUACCUGGAGGUUUUGCCGAAGGCCUACACCUGCCCUGUCUGUUUGGAGCCAAAAGUGGUGAAUCUUCUUCCCGAACCUUUGAAAGCAAAGGCCAGAGAGCAGAGAACCCGCGUGUGGGAGUUCUUUUCCUCCUCCAGAGACUUUUUCACUUCCCUGCAGCCUCUGUUUUCCGAGGCUGUUGAGAGCAUCUUUAGCUACAGCGCCCUCCUGUGGGCUUGGUGCACCGUCAACACCAGGGCUGUGUACAUGAAGCGCCCGCGGAGGUGGUGCUUUUCUGCAGAGCCAGACACCUGCGCGCUCGCCCCGUUCCUGGAUCUGCUCAACCACAGCCCCGACGUCCAGGUAAAAGCGACAUUUAAUGAGGAAACUCGCUGUUAUGAAAUCAGAACGGUUACGAGCUGUGGAAAACACAAAGAGGUGUUCAUCUGCUAUGGCCCUCACGAUAACCACCGCCUGCUCCUGGAGUAUGGAUUUGUUGCCAUGCGUAACCCUCAUGCUUGUGUCUAUGUCUUAAAAGAUAUACUUGUUAAAUAUCUUCCAUCAGCAGAUAAACAGAUGAACAAAAAGAUUUCCAUUUUAGAGGAUCACAACUUUGUGGAAAAUUUGACGUUUGGAUGGGAUGGACCAUCUUGGCGGUUACUCACAGCUCUUAAGUUGUUAUGUCUGGAAGCUGAAGAAUUUACAUGCUGGAAGAAAGUACUUCUUGGGGAAAUAAUUUCAGAUACAAAUGAGAAGACAAGUUUGGACAUAGCCCAGAAAAUAUGCCACUAUUUCAUAGAGGAGACUAAUGCUGUGCUUCAGAAGGUUUCUCACAUGAAAGAUGAAGAAGUGGCUUUGAUAAACCAACUAACUUUGGUAGAAACACUGUGGACAGAAGAGCUGAAGAUUCUCCAGGCCUCUGCUGAGACCCUAAUCAGUUUGCAAAAAGCUUUUACAUAACUUCACCCAAGUGCAUGUGAUCACCUCCUAUGGUGGGUGUGACUUCUUAAACAUUUUUAAACUAAGGUUUAUUUCAUGUGGAAUCAUUUACAGUGCAGGAACAGUUUCUAUUAAACAGUUAUCUGCUUAAUCCUACUCCUCCUGCUUCUCUGUCUUGGGAGUGGAGUGGUGGCUGCUCAGGGAUGUCCAAGAGCAUCUGUCUGCAGGGCAGAGCAGGUCCUGGGCGCCCUGAAGCUGUUAGGAAGGAGGGGUGUGCUGUCUCAGCAGCACUGCUCACGCUCUCAAAGUGGACAGCAGUCAGGCCUGGAGGAAGGCGUCUGAGGAAAGGGUGAAUGGUAGCGGGCGGGGGGAGGCUGCGAGGGAGCCGGGGUCAGCCUGGGGCUCCGUGUGUGGUCUUCUUCUGGGUGUCCUGCUGCUUGUCUGACUCAGCAGCUGGAAAAGCACAAGGAGUUGUGCUGCUUUAUGCUCUGAUAGCACAGGUUGAGGGUUUAGGGGCUUGUGGCAUGUGGCAGUGGGUGGCUUCGGAAGGGGGAGUGUGGGGGCUGCAUAGCAGUGCUGGGUGCAUCCGGGCUCCACCCCAGCCGCUCUGAGCUAGAGCGACUCCCUUUGAGCCUUGCAUCCUUGAUUGCCCAUCUGGAAAGGUUAUUGGUGCCCUGUGCUCCCACCCAGCGCAGGGCCUUAGGCAGAGGCCCCUCCCCCUCUCUGCCUCCCCUCUCCACCUAGGACCUGGGAUUAGAUCGCCGGGGAGGGCCGAUCCAGCCCUGACUGACUGUGAUUUCUGUGUAGGGAAAGUGAGUUCAUCCUUGUUAAACAGGAGACACCUGGAGCCUCAUCAGCCCUCCGUCUAUCUGCAGUUUCCCAGAAUGUGUUUAAGGCUCUGGUCAGCUGUGUCCCUUUACCAUUCUUUGUGGUGGGUGUUUAACUCUUAUUCUGCUGCUUUUCUUCAUUUUAAUGGGGUAUUGGGAAGAAUAGGAGAUAAAGUUUUGUGUUCAGUUGGUCAUUUUGAAUUAAGGCUUUGCUUUCCUUUUUUUUUCUUUUUUAAAAAAAAAAAUAAAAGCACUUUAGGCUGUGGAAUGCACCUUAAGUAUGGUUUUUAUAUAAAGUGGCUCUAACUAGUCCUUUUUAAAUCUUGGCUGUGGAUUUACACUUUUCACAUCGUUUUCAUGCCUGUCAAUUAACAACUGUGAGGGGGUCAGAGCAGGUGUCAACAUACAUCCCAGAAGCAAAUACGUGCUUAUUACAAAAACUGGACAUCAUCGAAACAUAAGACAGUAACGUUUAUUAACUGUUUGUGUUACUGGGUCGAGGCACGGUGCUGCGGCCGUGAUGUGCGGAGUUUUACUGAAGCCUCACAACCGUCCUAUUUUACAAAUAAAGAAGGGACGAAACGGCCCGACAUCACACACUUAGUGUGUGGUGGUAACUGUGCCUCUUCCUGACCCUCGGGGGGCACGGCUCACAGCUCUGGUGUGUCUGUGCCCAGUGUUUGCGGUGCUGUCCUGCCCCUCCCUCCUCAGCUGGUGGCCUCGCUCCCUGCCUUCUUUGCCCACAGGCGUUGGUGGGUACUUCGGCCUCACUGCAGGUUUUGUUGGGGAGAUCGCGAUGGGGUCGGCCUCGCUCUGCCUGCCGUGCGAUGUGAGCGCCUUGAUGAGAAGCAUCGUGGGAGCCCCGCCCUCCUCCAGCGGACCUGACCGCGCCUGGUCCCAUCGCCGGCCCCUCUCCGAGGAGGGCGGAGUGCGCAGGCGCGGCUCCGCUGGUCUUUGGGGAGGAGGUCCUGCUCGGGAAGCGAGAGGCUGGCGUCUCUGCUCCCUGGACACAGCGUCUCAGCCCGCAUGCCUCCCUGGUGUGGACGCACGGAGGGGGCUGUUGGAGGAGGCUUCUCGCGGUUUCCAGGAGGAAGAGGUCCCGCCGGGCGCACUCCUGCCUCUCCCAUCCCUGAGCAGGGCUUACGCAACUGCUAAUUUGGGAAGAAGGACUGGCCCCGUACACCCUUCUUUCAGUUUUGCUCCUGGGGUUCUCCCUGUGCAGGCUUCGCUCCCGGGGGACCCAACCCCAUCCAGCACAGCCGUGUCUCACUGGGGACGUCUGCUUGAUUCUGGGCCUCUGUGUAGGGAAAUUGACCUAAGGCCAUGAUUCAGACCGCUAUCCUCUUAGGAGUGUUUUUUAUCCUUUUAUCCUUUUAUUCCCUCCUCAACCUUCAGGGAUCCCUGGAUAAGUCAUGGCGGGGGCGGG